AUGUGCUGUGCCGUGCCUAAGCCACAAGGCUCAGCCCCAGCCGCUUUCACCAGGCGUCAACUUCGAAUCGUCCAGCCGAACUUCUCUCCAUCACCUACACAACCACCAACAGUAGAGUUCCUUCACCGCUGGACUCGCAAGAGCAGGGCAGGCUACCGCAAGCUGAUGUUCUGUGGCGAGCAAGCUUCUCGCGACGGUUUGCAGUAUUUCUGGAGUGAUACCUGCUGCAUCGACAAAUCUAGCAGCCAAGAAUUAUCAGAAGCGAUCAACUCCAUGUUCCGCUGGUAUCAGAAUGCGAAAGAAUGCUACGCCUACCUGUCGGAUGUUUCAACGACAAAGCGAAAAGCGGACUACGAAACGUUCUGCUUUACUUGGCAGCCAGCUUUCCGGGACAGCAGAUGGUUUACACGUGGCUGGACUCUCCAAGAGCUUCUUGCCCCACGUACCGUCAAGUUCUUUUCUAAAGAAGGCCAGCAACUUGGUGACAAAGUAUCUCUCGAACGACAGAUCCACGAGAUUACAGACAUUGCUAUCCCAGUCCUUCGAGGAGCUCCUUUAGAUGAGUUCAGUGUUGAAGAGCGAUUCAAAUGGGCGAACAACCGCCAGACCACACGCGAGGAAGACAAAGCGUACUCACUGUUGGGUAUAUUUGGUGUCUAUAUGCUCCCAAAUUACAGUGAAGGGAAAGAGUAUGCGUUCAGGCGGCUUCGGAAAGAGAUCAGAGAGUCUUCGGGCAACAAGGUCUUGUCAUUGAAUGAAGAGCAGAAGCGGACACUGUUGGAGUCGCUGCGAUUCGAUCAGAUUGAUGCACGUCAGAUGAGCAUCAAGAACGCACACGUCAAGACCUGUAGAUGGCUAUUGCACAAACCGGAGUACCUCGACUGGCUUAACCCGACCAAGCUAUGCGAGCACCAUGGCUUCUUGUGGAUCAAAGGAAAACCUGGGACUGGAAAAUCCACUUUGAUGAAAUUUGCACUUGCCCAGGCACGGAAGACAAUGAAAGACACAACUGUGGUCUCGUUCUUCUUCAAUGCGCGGGGCGAAGAUAUGGAGAAGUCCACCAUUGGAACAUAUCGAUCACUGCUCCUGCAGCUUCUUGAACGACUUCCAGCGUUCCAGAGUGUCUUCGACUCCCUCAGUCUCUCGAUUUUGAGCAUCAGCACAGAUUACAAAUGGAGUGUCGAAUCACUCAAGAUGCUGUUAGAACAAGCUGUACGAAGUCUGGGAAAUUCCUCCGUAAUCCGGGAUAUGGUACAAUUCUUCAAAAACGUCGGCGAGCUCGCUGUGUCAAACAACAUCCACUUUCAAGUCUGCUUCUCAAGUAGACAUUACCCACAUAUCACAAUUGAGAGGGGGCUAGAUCUGAUUCUGGAAGGGCAAGAUGGCCACAGCCAGGACAUAACUAACUACUUGGAGAGCGAGUUGAAGAUUGGGAAGAGCAAGCUUGCCCAGCAAAUUCGAAUCGAUCUCCAAGAAAAGGCAUCAGGGAUCUUCAUGUGGGUCGUUCUUGUCGUGGGCAUCCUGAACAAAGAGCACGAUGGCGGUCGGAUACAUGCACUUCGACGGAGAUUGCAGGAAAUUCCUAGGGACCUCCACGAGCUGUUUCGCGACAUUUUGACGCGCGACUCGCACAAUAAAGACGAACUAGCUCUGUGUAUUCAGUGGGUACUUUUUGCGAAGCAGCCAUUGAGCCCAGAGCAGCUGUACUUUGCCAUUCUCUCUGGAGCCGAGCCCGACGCGUUAACAAUGUCGGACUCUGAUAAGAUUACAACGGAUGUAAUCAGACGAUUCAUACUGGAGUCCUCCAAAGGUCUCACCGAAAUCACGACUUCCAAACUUCAGAAGGUUCAAUUCAUUCACGAGUCGGUCAGAGACUUUCUGCUGAAAGAAGACAGCCUGGGAAAUAUCUGGUCUGAUCUUGGAAGUAACCUUCCAGGCCAAAGUCACCAGCGGUUGAAGCAAUGUUGCCUUGCCUACAUGGAUAUGGACAUCUUUACUGCUCUGAAGAUUCCAGAGCACCUCCCAAAAGGUUCACCGCAAGAAGUUGCAGAAUUCCGCGCAUCAGCUACUGAUGCAUUCCCUUUCAUGGAGUAUGCUGUACAAAAUGUGCUAUACCAUGCUGAUAUGGCAGAAGGAAGGGAAAUUUCUCAGAAGGCCUUCAUGAUGGAUUUUCCACUGACUCGUUGGAUCAGUCUUGAUAAUUUGUUUGAAAAGCAUGAAGUGCGCAGGCACACGAAAUAUGCGAGUCUGUUAUAUGUGUUAGCCGAGCACAAUACGCCAAAUCUUAUCAGAAUCCACCCAUCCGCCCAUCUGUGCUUCGAAGUUAAAAAAGAGCGCUAUGGACCUCCCCUUUUCGCAGCCAUGGCGACCGGGAGCAAUGACGCUGUCCGAGCCCUCAUAGAAGCUCUCUUCAGGAACCAGCCUACAGAGACUUGCCCUCAUGAGAUAUACGAACAGUGUUGCGAAAGCACAAGUGGAAUAGUCGGGCGCGAUUUCAAGUUCCCGAGAAAAACGGACAUGGUCUCAUAUCUUGCAGAACAUGGAAACGGGACAAUACUUGCUUUAGUGAUUAGAACAGAUACAAACAGGAUUGACGUUGAUCUGACGGAUGAGAGAGGACGCACACCGCUAUCGUGGGCAGCAUAUGCAGGGCGAAAGGCGGUAGCAAAGCUAUUUCUAGACACAAACAGGGUUAACGUUGAUCUGAAGGAUGAGAAAGGAUGGACACCGCUAUUUUUGGCAGCAUAUGGAGGGUACGAGGCAGUAGUAAAGCUAUUUCUAGACACAAACAGAGUUGACGUUGAUCUGAAGGAUAAGGAUGGACGGACGCCGCUAUUGUGGGCAGCACACGGAGGGCACGAAGCAGCAGUAAAGCUGUUGCUGGACACGAACAGGGUUGACGUUGAUCUGAAGGAUAAAGAUAGACGAACACCGCUAUCAUGGGCAGCACACAGAGGGCACAAGGCAGUAGUAAAGCUACUAGGACAGGGAUGGAAUGACGCCGCUAUGGUGGGCAGUGUUGGGAGGAAGUGAGAGUACAGUUGAGACGCUACUAGAGACUAACAAGGUUGAUGUCAAUUGGAGGGAUGUUACAGGAGAAACGCCGCUAGUAUUCGCAAAAAGACGACGAAAGGUUUUAAUAGUCAGGCUGUUGAAAUCAUACGGCGCCCACGAAUAACGGCCAACAUUUCUGCUCAGCUUCCUCCCGGCUUUUCCAGACCACCAUCCCCGGAAUAUCGACCACCAAAGCUAGCAUACCACAAACAUCAAUUCCAUUAUAUCACAAUACAUUCAGUG